CUGGAGAACCAGAGAAUACAAACUAUUUCAGGGUCAGGACCACUCCCAGUGUCACGGUAUGGAUUUAAGGGUUUCGUUUGAUUUAUAAGGAAGGCGACAUAAAGCUUAUUCUCUUUUCCAACCAUGUUUUUGUCUGAUGUUUGUUGUAAAUAUAGCUGAAAAAGCUCUCGUGAGGAUGUUUUGCCGAGCAGCCUUCACAAGUGUUUGCUCGUGAUUCGUGUUGGAAAACAAUCAAACAAAAGAUCCCGGACUCGCUCUUUGUGUUUGUUUCUGAGGGAAACUUUUGAAUUAAGCCGAGGCUUUACAAAGAAAAACUGUUUGACUGAUCGCAGCUGCAGUUAUUUUACAUUGAUAAUAUUUCCUGCUACGCAUUUCACUUCACUGACUCAUUACAGCCCAGCAUAAAGACUUAAGAAUGCUAAAGGACGUGCAUACUCCCCAGAGGGUAAUUCCCAGUGACCUCGAGGGUUUCACUGUUAACUCAGAUUAAAGGAAAAAAAAAAAUUGGAAAACAGUUUUUCCAAAAUGGUCCCUCAAAAUUUAUUCAGACCCCCUAGAAGCUGUUUCCUUGUGUUCAUUCUCUCCAGAGCGGGAAUCCUUGAUUUUGGGAGUUAUCAGUUGAGGCCAAAAUAUCCCCAAACUGAGACAUACGGCGACAUUUCCUCUGACCUAACAAGACUCCUCAAGUUCAUACUCCCUAGACCCCCUCAAACCUGGGUCCAAAACUUAUCCUAAUUUCCCUUAAGUUGUCCUUUAAUAUUCAUGCUCCCCAGAGUAAAUUCUGGCGUUUUUAGCAGCUGUUUAUUUUGCUGUUCUGAAUCUUCAUGGUCAUAAAUAUGCCCCUUAAUUACAACAAAGACUCUCCCCAAACCUGUGAAUAUUUAGUGAAUAUUCUUGGUCCCCAGAAGAUACCUCACAAAAAUUUUUUGCCACUCCUAGGAUUUCAAGUAAAAGGCAGAAAAAUACCUCUAAAAAGGUAAAUUACAGACAGUGCCUAAAAAAACAUACUGACUGAAUUAAGACUCUCUUAUCCCUUUAAUGCCUGAAACCUCAAAUUAUGGACAGAAAAUUAAAGUUUUUUUUUAGCUGAAAUCUUUAUUUCUCUUACUAAUGAAAACCAUAAAACAAAUAUAUUUACAUAUAUAUUUAUCUUGUUUGAUACACAAGAUGUUUUUGGAAACUGAUAAACCACAAGAGCAUAUUUUUAUCAUUUAUCGGACUGUAUUCUGGUGUUUUUUUUUAUGUUUUGUUGAUCAUAUUGAUUUGAUAGAAGUAUCAUAAAAGUGUGUAUCAAAUAUACAAAAGGCAUUAAAGGGUUAAUUGUGUUUUUUCCUAUGUUCAUGCUCCCAAAGGGUUGAACCCUGUAUUUUGGCCUCAGUUUCCUUAAACUCAGCCGAAAGACCAAAACAUACCCUUGACUGUCACAUGGAGGAAAUUAAUGCUCAUAUUCAUGCCCCCCUGAGGGUAGUUCCCUACGAUCCUGGUGCCCCCUAAUAAAUAUCUCAACUGAAAGACCACAGCAGAGUAAAAUGUCCCCUAAUACUUUCUCCAACUCUUUAAAAUGUUCUUUUUCUUGAUCCCCAGAGGAUAAAUAUUCUCAUCUUUAGCCGUUUAAUUCCUUUUAAUUCCUUUUAAAAAAAAAACCUGAAUACAUUCUGAUAAAUGAUAAAAAUGUCCUCUUGCGGUUUAUCAGUUUCCAAAAACAUCGAAUUUAUCAGACGAGAUAAAUGUGUUUAUAUAUAUUUGUUAAAUUUUAAGGACAUUUUGAUUUUUUGAUUUUUAUUUUAGGACAUUUUACUCCAUACCAACAAAAAUGAAUAUCCUCAGAUAUCAUAGAUCUUGUAUUUUCAUGGCUCUUGGAGGAUGAUUCAUGUUAAACUGUCUCUCUGUUGAGCUUGUCUCACACUCUUGUACACAUUAGAUAAUUGUUGAAUGUUUAGUCUUGCGCAAAUUAGUGUAAUAUUCUAUGUUUGGUGUUUGUACACAGAGAGCAAAGUCUGUUGGAGUCACUUUCCUGGCGUGUGUACACAAAAUUGGCCAAUAUUGUGGAUUCUGGUUCUAUCGGACUCCUCUCAAAGGCCGUAUAAUAUUUGGUUUAUCACAAACACAUGUUUUGUUUUUGGGAUCUGCUUGUUCCUUAAGUAAGUAAGUAGAUGAUGAAUGUUUUUGUGUCUGUUUAUUGUUCUUGUUGAAAUUUCUGCUCUUAUACCAUCUGAAUCAUCUUUACCGCCUUGUUGUAGUUCAUGUUCUCACUGCUAGUUAAAUAAUAAAUCUAAUGGAAAGUAAUGGACAACACAGCCCAUAGGUUUAGUUUAAAAAAAGCUGCUGUUGGUGUUUCCAAUUGGAUACGUCUAUUACAUAACGAUGACUGAACUGCUAAUUACUCUACUAGUCUAUAUUUAAUACAGGACGGUCCAGUCUUGCGCACUUGAUUGGCGCAAUUAGAUGUUUGAUCUAAUUAUUCAAGAAGUCUUACGUGUACACCCAUUAAAUGUUCUUGCUUCUUCUCACCUGUCAGCCUCACACUUUUUACUGGCUUCCCAUUGGUGGAGAAGUGUUCCCAACUUACGGCAUCUUUCUUUGUUUUUCUUUCCAAACCGAGUCUCUGAUCCGUUUAAAAACGGCCAGGGGUGACAACCAAAACCCCCAGACUUAAAUCUGUUUGUGUCUAGUCUCUGCAUGUACAGAAAAAAAGGGGGAAAACCCUCAUUUAUGAAUAUCUGAGUUCCUGAUAGAGACCUAUUGUUAAUUUUUGGUUAAUAAUUCCUCAUUAAAACAAUUUCUCUAUGUGCUCUCUUAUACAUUCAAUGAAAGUUAAUCAAAGUCCACAUGCUGUGGUACAAAGCCACUCCUCUAAUUUCCAUCUACCUGUGAGGAUGCUUACCUGAAGGGGGCGUGGCUUCAGCCUGCUGCUCUAGGUGAGUCAUGCAGCUGUUGGUGCUUUAUAACAGCUGUCCAACAGAUAACUCUCAUUUGCAACUCUCACCAUGGAGGAGGACAAGGAUAUGCCCAAGUGAGUACACACACACACUCAUCAUAUGUUCUGUUUUUUAUUUGUAGUUUUCAGUAAAAGAAGAAAUAAUCAAGCUGUGACAAGAAUAUGGAAAUGUAAAAGAAAAAAAGGACAUUAUUAGGCGCUUAACUUUUAGUCAUUUUAAGUUUUGAAGGUGAAUUAACAGAAAAUAAAAUAAUUUACUUUUCUUUCUGUUGUGUCAGUGAGAAUUUUGAAUGUAACAUAGUUUAUAACUUAUGAAUAUUUUAUCUUUUUUUGUAUUUUUAAAACAAAAUUUAAAUUUUUAAGGGUUUUAUUUUAGUAUUUUUGUCUUUUUUAUGGCUUGUAAAAGUUUUGGAUUUCAUUGCUGUUUUGAAGAUUUUUUGCUUUUUGGCGUCUUAGUGCAAAAAAAGAUACUUGAACUGAUACUUGGGGAGAGCUUAAACGUGCUGACUGUGUAUUUCUGUGUGAUUAAAUGAUGAUUUUUGAGCUGCUGUUUUUCAAACGUUUAACAAAUUCCGCCUUUUCCCUUCACUUUACACACUUCACGCUGUUUAUUGUAUUGUAACUAUUUAAAUUGCUUAUCUUUUAAUUAAAUUAUACUCACAAUAGUAUGGAGCUGUCAUCUUCUUUCUCCUGCUCCAGAUUUAUUUGCAGUCAUAACUCUUCUUGUUGUGGUUGAAGCAGCUGCUGAACUGGUUUGGAGCAGCAUACCUGACAGAUGUUUGACUAUUGCUCUUUCUAAUAACGGCUAUCGUUAGUUUGUACUCUCAGUCACCGCCUGAGGAGGCAAGAAAGUACAAACCUGAAUUAAGUAAUUAUUCUUUUAAUAGUGAAGGCGAGCCUUAAACCUAAAUAUCCUUUAAUUUACCGUUCAUUAACUCUGGCACUGUUUGCUUUGCCACUGACUAAACCUGCCUAUUAUAGUUGGAGUUCAAGAGCUUUGUUUAAAAACCUUGAAUAAUAGGAGUAAGCCGUCUUUCUCCAUUGUACAGAUAUGACUAAACUAAGUGAGAAAAAGACUUUUUCAGGCCUGGCGGGGUUGGUUUUAGUGUUGGUCCUGUAUAAAAAAUUUAAAACAAGCAUACAUCAAUCAAUCCGUCUUUAGUUAUAGAGCACUUUUCAUACAUAACAUGUAACACAAAGUGCUUCACACAGAAAAAGGAAUAAAAGAAACAAAGAAUAACCAAAUUUAUCCCAACCCGACCCCUCAUUCCCACCCCUCGAUCUAAUUGCAACAGACACAUAGAUUAAAAUGCAUAAACUUAAAAAGGGCUUGAUGUCGUGGAAACAGGAAUGUGCGCACUGAGGAGACGUCAUUUUAAAACUCAAGAUAAGAAAACACUGGAGGUUUACGUUAAAAUCAAAAAACAAAGAAGCAAAGAAUGAAAUUUAAGAAACAAAAGAUAAAAUAAAAUGAAAACAACAGUAAAAGAUACUAAAAUAAAAGCACCAAAGUUAAUGACAUAAAAUUUGGUUAAAAGCAAGACUAAAAAGGUACGUUUCAGUUUGCUUUUAAAAACAUCACAUAAAACAAUCAACGAGAGAAAAAACCUGAAUCAAUGAUUAAUCAUGACCUGCAUUUCCACAUUUUCAGCCUCUUAUCUGUGCAUUAUUCCAUCUCUUAUCUCUUUUCUGACUGCAUCAAGUCUAUUUUUACUUUGGUCUGUAUGUUUAACUUUUGGAUGUAUAUCUUUUGUAUCUGCGCUCCAAGUCUGUCCCUCUUUUUGAGACUCUUAUUCCGGUAUCUUCGUCCAGGAGGUCGUGGGAUACCUUCCAGGAGGUCCCGGUCAUUGAGGAUGAACAGACGCCAUGGAAGAUGAUCAAACUCCUGAAGAUCUUAACUCUCAUUGGCAUGGCUAUAGUUGUGUUUGGAUUGGCGCUUUGUAGCAAGGUUUGUCUUUUUUUCCAACUUGUGGUGUGAUUCCGUGAAGACACGCACGUGCAAGUUCACCCUCAUGUGAAUGUUUUAUCUUACAGAUUGAUGAUCAGUUGUUACUUUCUGUUUCAGGCCUCUUUUAUCCUCCUCAUCACUCUAUCCAAUGAAGGCACAAAAACCAUCCCAGACAACCAGAAACCUGUAGUUCUGCUCUGCAUCGCCUGCGCCCUCAUCACAUCCAGCGUCCUGUUAUUUAUAAAAAGUAUCUGGAAGGCAUGCUACAAAACGUCAAAGCUGCCGAGUAAAGCGACUCUUGCCGCGGUGAGAAGAUUUUUCAUCGUGAUCCCCCUGAUUCCAAACAGGACCUGUCAAGUUCCCAGCCUCUUCACUGUCUUCUGCUUCUUUUUCAGGUCAUCAUCAUGGACAUUCUCGUGUCUGGAGGAAUAGCGAUCCUUACAAUCGUCGCAAUGCCGCACUUGGACAUCGUCACCAACGUCACGAUACUGAACAGCGUAGCCGUCCUCUCCGCCUUCCUGCAGGUGAUCACUCAGUGCACCGCCAAGGAAAGGAACCGGUUUGUGGUCCCGCCCAUCACCGCCUUCCUCCUUCUCCUCCUCGGUACGGCCCUGUUCCUCUACUUGUACAUCACGAAGAAUCCCAAUGAUACCAAGAUGUUAAUUUGGGUGGGCUUGGCUGUCGGUUCGGCCUUCUUGGUGUCUCUAAACUGGUGGGAAAACUACUGCAGACUGAUCUGCCAGCACACCGGGGCAGUCGCCCUCAAGAACUUGUGCAGAGAUGUAUCAAGGUGCCGGAACGUACUGCAGAUCAUUUCUUGCCUGGUCAGGGUUGCAGUCACAGCCAGUGUUGUUGGAGCCUACGUCCCUCUUGCCGGAAUGGACUGGGACAUUGUCACCGCCAUCCCCAGUCGUGAGACGAGAAUCAUCGCCAUCACCAUCGGUGUCCAGCUGAUCUCCUCCGUGCUCUGCCACUGGUUUGCAUUGCUCGCCUGCAAGAUGCACGCCCUGCGGCGGUGCUUCAUCCUGCCUUUGUACCUGGCCUCUCUGGCCGUCAUGGCCCUGUUCGUCAUCCCGGUCAUCGUUUACUAUCAGGACUACAGAACCAGUCUGAACGGGACUCUAGCCAUCAACUUCACAGGGUACUGCAAUGGAGUGGUGGACGGGAGAAACGGAACCCUGACUGGCAGUGUGUUUCCUCACCUGGUGCUGGAUGUGACGCACACUCUUUGCUUUCUGGACAUGUCAAAGAUAAUGGACAUCGGCAUGCUGACAGGUAAGCAAAAAAGUAGACUAAACUUCAUUCUGCAGAGACCCAGUUAUUAAAAAUACUUGUGGUGCACACAGGAGCCAGAGCAAAAGCAUUAACUUAGUGGGAAAUUUUAUCCUUCAGGUUCAGCCGUGUCCUGGUGGCUCGGUCUGGUGUUAGCCACCCUCCAUCUGUGGUACCUCAGCGUACAUCGUAUCAUGAGGACCCAGGACCUUUUCAUCAGGAGGCUGUACGAGGGAGCCUUCAUCGAGCAGUCUCUCCUGCUCAACACCCGGUUUGACGUCCAGACCAGAGGCAGGAGGAAAGAGUAAGUGUUUGUGUGAAGGAGUAUCCCGCGCUUUGGUAUCAACUGCGACGCAACUGCUCAUCUCACAUUCGUAAAUCUCGUCUCUUUUAGUCGAUGGCGGUUUGAAACGGCGAUGGUGUAUCUUUGCGCAACCAUGUGGCACGAGACCUCCGAUGAGAUGAUGAACAUCAUAAUCUCUAUAUUCAGGUGAGUCUAACCUUGUUUUCUUUAAAGGAAAAUCCCAUCAUCAUGCCGUUCCAAUGGUUGUUUUUGUGAAUUCAUUGGAUUGUAAACAGUGGUCAUCGUUUUGUUUCCGCAGGCUGGACAGGUACCGACCAAAGAGAGAGAAGAAUUUAAAAGAUUUCACCUUCGAAGCCCACAUCUACUUCGACGACGCCUUCAAACAGGUGGAGGGGAGUCACGGCCGUCAUCUCAAUGAUUACGCAAAGACCCUCGUGGAAAUCCUGGCUGAAGUUUACGCGUAAGAUCAAUACUAACAGAUUAGCUGCCUUUAAAAUCACGACCAAACCUUGACUGUCUGCAGGAUGUCACCUGACUUAUCUUACUUUUAUUUUCUGUCCAUUAGCAUCUUCACAAACAUCAACGAGAAUUUCUUCAGUAAGAAGCAGCAAAUCCCUGAUCAGACCGUCAUAAGGACGCCGUACGGAGGUCGUCUUGUGCUGACCAUGCCUCAUGGAAACAACAUCGUAGUUCACUUUAAAGACAAAGAGCUCAUCCGCCACAAGAAGAGAUGGUCACAGGUAGAAAUACGGCACAGAGAGAACAUUAUUAUGUGGGGGUUAAGUGCUUUUAUUUAAAACGAAUUCUGCUUUUUAGAUCAUGUACCUUUACUAUCUCUUGGGGUGGAAACUAAUGACCAAAUACUACAAACGCUGGCAAAAAGGAGAGGCCGAGAUGGAGCUGAAAGCUGAGGUCAAGGUAAGAGAAGGAAGCAGGAACACCUUUGUGAACUUUGUGAAUGUUUAUUUUAGAAGUGAAACUAAUCAAACUGCAUGUUUUUCCCCCACAGACAGAGAAGCACAACACCUACCUCCUGGCUCUGGACGGGGACACUGACUUCCAGCCGUCUGCUGUCAUGCUGCUCAUCGAUCGUCUGAAAAUGUACCCAACUGUCGGAGCGGCCUGUGGAAGGAUUCACCCGACUGGAUCAGGUUUGAAGAAAAUACUUAACAAUGAAAAAUAUUCAGAAAGCACUGAAGUGUUAAAUCCAAUGUGACCGUUGAAUGUGUUGUCUUUGUAGGUCCUGCCGUGUGGUUUCAGAAGUUUGAGUACGCCAUCAGUCACUGGCUGCAGAAGACAGCUGAGCAUGUGAUUGGCUGUGUGCUGUGCAGUCCUGGCUGCUUCAGUCUUUUCAGAGCGGAGGCCCUAAUGGACGACAACGUGAUGAAGAGAUACGCCACCAAAUCCACAGAAGCUAGCCACUACGUCCAGUACGAUCAAGGUACGAGACGCUUUCUUUGACCUCCUGCCCCUCGCUCAGGUGUGGCAGCGUGUCAUCUGACGUCUCUUUCUCUGUUCCUUGCAGGUGAGGACCGUUGGCUGUGUACUCUGCUGCUAAAACAGGGAUGGAGGGUGGAGUACAACGCGGCAUCUGACGCUUACACCAACGCGCCUGAGGACUUCAAAGAACUCUACAACCAGGUGGGUCAAGACAUGAGCUCUCUGUUAACGGUCUGACAGCCAUGACACAGAAUCUCCACUUCUCACCUUCAAUCUUUGCCAAAUCAUGACAUCAUGUUGUGUGCCAACUCCAGCGUCGGCGAUGGGGCCCGUCCACCUUGGCCAACGUGGUGGAUCUGCUCGGUGCCACCAGUGUGAUUUCCAAGAAGAACCCAUCCAUGUCCAAACCGUUCAUGUUCUACCAACUGUUCGCCAUCACGUCAGCCAUCUUGGCCCCUGCCACCAUCUGCCUGAUGAUUGCAGGUUUGUAUUCGGAGAUGUGCAGUUAUUUCCGAACAAACAGCCUUUAGCGAGCUUUUGGGAUCGCUUGUCAAAACGUUGGCGGUACAGAGUUGAUGUCAAAUCAUACAUCUGAUAUUUACGUCUGUGUUUUUGUGUUGUGGUCUCCAGGUAGCUUGUCUUUCAUGUUGGGCCUGGAUGCAAGCUGGGCUCUGGUCUUGGCUAUUAUACCUCCUGCCAUCUACUUGAUUCUUUGCUUCAAACUCAAAGCCGACACCCAGAUCACCAUUGCAGGCAUCAUGAGUGUCAUCUAUGCCUUCCUCAUGUUGGUCGUCACCAUGUCCAUCGUCGGUGAGUUGUAGAGCUUUUUCACAGAUUCUGGUUUUGGACUCCGUUCUACCUUCGCUUUUUAACCUUGCGUCUCUCCACCCUGUUGUGUUUCCGCAGGCUCAAUGAUAAAGGACAGAACCAUCCUGACGCCAAGCAGCAUUUUCGUUGUGGCCAUGGCCAUCAUUUACGUCAUCACGGCAUUGAUGCAUCCCCAAGAAGUCCAGCUAGUGUUCCACGGGUUUCUCUACAUCAUUUGCAUACCCAGUGCCUACCUCCUGCUCACCAUCUACUCCAUGGUCAACAUGAACAAUGUGUCCUGGGGCACCCGUGAGACUAAACCUGCCCCCGGAGCUGCCCAGACCACAACCACACCACAAACAAGAACAGAGAAAGGUAGAUUACCAGGUUUGGAAUAAAAAGAGUGCAACACCACAUCAUGAUUGGUUUUGUUUCUUUCUAAACUGAAGCUUCACUCUUGCAGCCAAAAGCACUUUCAGGCGGCUCUUCUGUUGGGCUAAAUGCUGCAAGAAAUCCAACCAGUACACUGAAGGGAGGCGGGUCAUUGUCAGUGAGGAAAAUCUGAUGCCCGAGCCCGCAGAGUCUGAGCCACAGCCCAUCAACACGAUUGUGGAUGACACAGGGUUACCAGAUGAAGAAGAGAAGUAGGUUUUUAAAGUGUAACUUGGAUUGGACGUUCUACAAAAACAAGAAAUGAGAUGAUACUGAUCCUUUUUGUUCUGGUUGUGUUUCAGGCAGGCGGAGCCUACUUAUCUCCCUGCUCAAUGUAAGUCCACAGACAUCGAAAUAAAACAUCAGCACACAGUUCAAUGUUGCUGUCAUCUAAAUCUCUUUUUUCUCACAUUCCUGUGCAGGUUGGGUCACACAACUUCAGAACGCAGCCACUGACAUGCAGCUGCAGGAGGAUCACCUGGACAAGGUGCGUAUGCCAGUUUCCAAAGGGUAUCUUUGAAAUGACCAAAAGCAAACCCUGAGGGGUGUAAAACAGAAACAACAUUGUGCCUGACCAAAAAGACUAUCUUGAAAAAGACUGCAGAAACCAACACUUUCCAAGAUGGCCCCCAAAAAAACGACUUUUGGAUAGCCUUAAUAAUUCGAAACAACAGUCAGAACAAUCAAUUGAAGCGGUAUUUGUAUUUCUGCAGGAAGAGGAGGAUUUCUGGAUCGAACUCCAGAAGAAGUACCUGGAGCCUCUGGCUGAUGACAAAGAAAAACAGAAAAAAGUUGCAAACGACCUUCGAGAGCUGAGAAACAAGGUAGGUGUUCGAUUCCUCAACCACACGUCAAGCAGAAAGUCCAGAAAGAGUCCACCUCCAAUUAUGGAUGUUGUGUCUUUACGCACAGAUCAACUUCGCCUUCUUCAUAAUGAACGCCAUGUGGCUGGCGGCGACAUUCACCCUCCAGAUCUUCGGAUCCUCUGUCUUCAUCCGCUUCCCGAAGGUGGACUUCAACUUAAACAGCACGGGUACAGACGUACAAGUCGAACCCAUUGGCUUCAUGUUCAUCAUUGGAUUCGCCACGUCGGUUUUGAUUCAGUUCAUCGCCAUGCUGUACCACAGGUGAUCACUGAAAGCCAAACAACUUAUAAACGACCGCUUUACAAUGACUUUACAACGACUUUACCAAACUUAAUGUCAUGUGUUCAUCCAGAAUCUACACUUUGGUCCAUUAUGUGGCGUUCAUGGACACAGAACCCAGAAGUCAACAACCUUUAAACGAAGAACUCUACUACGAAGACAAAAAGGUAUUUAACGUUAAAUUCAUUUGCUUUUGUUGCUUAAGCAAAUAAACUUGUGUCGAGUUUUGAUAAAAGGUCGACCAGACAGUUACAUCCAGAGUUUCUUGGAGAUUCGAUUCGCACGAGUCGGAUCCACCUGAUAAUUAUCACUCAGGUUUGUUAUACAUAAGAUGCUCAUAACAGCAGAGGGCCUUAAACUGCCUUUUUGUUUUAUCACUGAGCCCAGGGAGACUGAAUGUACCCAAAUUAAGGCCACACCCUCUUGCAGCUUUGGUGACACUUGGCUGCAGUGUCCCAGGUGCGGUGACAAGUAUGCGCACUGAUGUUAAUUUCAUCCCCACCCAGAUUGACACAGCAUCCAGUGUUGACUACGUCUCCGAGGCCUACUCUGAUGAAUGGUCUGACGAUGACGACGAUGAUGAAUACGAGGACUACCCCGCGACCAUGUACAGCAGAAAUUACGACGGUGGAACGAUGGUGUGAUCACAGCCUAGGUGAACAACCAGAGACUCUUUAGCACUUUGAAAUAUCCACUAUAUGUGAGAUCUGCAACUAAAGCGUUGUUUAUUACAUGUGUUAUUUAACAUGAAAUCUAGUGCAAUUUUAUUUAUUUGAAGAUUUUACUGAACCAAAUGUCAGUACAUGGAGCCCUGAAGUGAAGAAGCCACAUUUUAUUCCAGAAAAAGUACUCUCAAAAACAGCAAAACGGUAUAAAAGUGUGUGAUCGAAUAAAGACACCCAGACAUCGUCAGGUCAGUGAAUGUAACAUUGUUUGUGCUAUUUAUGAAGGACGUGUACUGUAAAUACUUAUUUAACUUGACUUUGCUGCUCCUGUGUCAACUCGAGAUGUAAUGUGAAGAAGAAUGGAUGAAGUUUAGACGCGAUUAAAGAAAAUGUGAAUGAAAAGCGGAAACGUUCUGCUCACGAACUCGUCCUUUCGAAGCGAAGAAAAGUCCAAGAAAUGUAGCUGGCGAGAGGAUGAGGAGAGCGCGUCUAAAUCUUGAGAGAUGAGCAGGGAAAGUACGGCAGAUUUUGCACUGUGUGGUAGGAGAGUAAAUAUUUUUAUGCUGUGGCGCUGCUGCCACUCAUAGUUAUCAAUGAAGUUUCUCAAUGCUUGUAUUUCCAACGUCUAUGAUCCUAAAUCUGUACUUUUCCCUCCCUUUUUUUGCAUCAUCCUGGACUUAAAUCUUUGCAACCUUUUAAACUGGAAAAUAGCAUUUUUAUGUAAAAAAUGCAUGAAAGCUGAGAACACUUUCAGAAAGAAGCAGAAAAAUAUGACAGAUUGUGUUUCUGAGCUGAUUGUACAUAAGAGUCUGAUGUGUCGAAUUGUUCCUGACACCGUGUAAAGUUUUUACCUGGAUAUUUUUGUAACUUUAAGUUCUGCACUAACAAUGCUGUAUUCAGCAGUGUUUUUUUUUGUGUGUGUGCAGUAGUUGUUGUAGCAGAAAAGAGAAUAUUAUUGCACUCGAGGAUGAGAAACUGCUGGGACUGCUUCUCUUCUCAGCAGUGAGUUUAAGUGAAUCUGAAGGUUGAUCAGAUCGCACCAUGUUCAUUAUAAUAAUGCUGUCGGUAUGUUUACGAUGAACUGCUUUUACAUUUAAACCAAAUAAAAUAUAGUGAUUAAACAGA